UGCUCUGCUCUGCUCAGCUCUGCUCUGCCGCCGCCGCCGCCGCCGGGAUAUAGUGCGGCGCCGAGCGGAGCCGCCAGUCACUUCGCGAGGAGGAGCGCGCGGCUGCGGCGCCGGCACCCGGAGCGGCGCGGGCUCGACGGGCGGCCGGGCAGCGGAAGGUUCUCUCUCCGGGGCUGGACUUAAUAACUUUGGAAUUGUCCACCAGUGUCACGUCCUGAACAUGAGCCUCCUCCUCUCCUUCUACCUGCUCGGGUUGCUUGUCUGUAGCGGGCAAGCUCUUCUUCAAGUGACAAUUUCACUUAGCAAAGUAGAGCUUAGUGUGGGCGAAUCUAAAUUCUUCACAUGUACAGCAAUUGGUGAACCUGAGAGUAUAGAUUGGUAUAAUCCUCAAGGAGAGAAGAUUAUUUCAACACAGAGGGUAGUGGUGCAGAAGGAAGUCGGCAGGUCACGACUAACCAUCUACAAUGCAAACAUAGAAGAUGCAGGGAUAUAUCGUUGUCAAGCAACAGAUGCCAAAGGACAAACACAAGAAGCUACAGUUGUUUUGGAAAUUUACCAAAAACUCACUUUCAGAGAAGUGGUAUCUCCUCAAGAAUUCAAGCAAGGAGAGGAUGCGGAAGUGGUUUGCAAAGUCAGUAGCUCACCUGCACCUGCUGUCAGCUGGUUGUAUCAUAAUGAGGAAGUCACCACUAUUUCCGACAAUCGGUUCUCUGUGUUAGCCAACAAUAAUCUACAGAUCCUCAACAUCAAUAAAAGCGAUGAAGGGAUAUACAGAUGUGAAGGAAGAGUGGAAGCUAGGGGUGAAAUUGACUUCCGUGAUAUUAUUGUUAUUGUUAAUGUACCGCCAGCAAUCACAAUGCCUCAGAAGUCCUUCAAUGCCACAGCUGAGAGGGGAGAAGAAAUGACUCUGUCCUGCAGGGCCUCUGGGUCUCCUGAGCCCACCAUCUCCUGGUCCAGAAACGGCAAGAUCAUUGAAGAAAAUGAAAAGUACAUAUUGAAAGGAAGCAAUACAGAACUCAUUGUCAGGAACAUAAUCAAUAGCGAUGGUGGACCAUAUGUCUGUAGGGCAACAAAUAAGGCAGGAGAAGAUGAAAAGCAGGCCUUCCUCCAAGUCUUUGUACAGCCUCACAUAAUACAGCUUAAAAAUGAGACUACAUAUGAGAAUGGUCAUGUCACACUCAUCUGUGAGGCAGAAGGAGAACCUAUUCCAGAAAUCUCUUGGAAAAGAGCUGUGGAUGGCAUCACAUUUUCUGAAGGUGAUAAGAGCUCAGAUGGCCGUAUUGAAGUCAGAGGGCAGCAUGGAAGCUCAUCCCUACAUAUUAAAGAUGUGAAGUUGUCAGACUCAGGGAGAUAUGACUGUGAAGCUGCAAGCAGAAUUGGAGGGCACCAAAAGAGCAUGUACCUUGAUAUUGAAUAUGCUCCUAAGUUUAUAUCAAACCAAACAAUUUAUUACUCUUGGGAAGGAAAUCCAAUCAAUAUAAGUUGUGAUGUGAAAUCGAAUCCACCAGCAUCAAUCCAUUGGAGAAGAGAGAAAUUAGUCUUACCAGCUAAAAAUACCACUAAUUUAAAGACAUACACUACGGGAAGAAAGAUGAUAUUAGAGAUUGCUCCUACAUCAGACAAUGACUUUGGACGAUAUAAUUGCACAGCUACCAAUCGUAUAGGAACAAGAUUUCAAGAAUAUAUUCUUGCCUUAGCUGAUGUGCCAUCCAGUCCCUAUGGAGUGAAGUUAAUAGAGCUAUCACAGACCACCGCCAAGAUUUCUUUCAACAAGCCGGACUCCCAUGGAGGUGUGCCUAUUCAUCACUACCAAGUGGAUGUCAAAGAAGUGGCAUCAGAAACCUGGAAAAUAGUGCGCUCCCAUGGAGUUCAAACAAUUGUUGUUUUGAGCAACCUGGAACCAAAUACAACUUAUGAAAUUAGGGUUGCAGCUGUGAAUGGGAAAGGUCAAGGAGACUACAGUAAAAUAGAAAUCUUCCAAACAUUACCAGUUCGUGAACCAAGUCCUCCAUCCAUACAUGGACAGCCAAGCAGUGGAAAGAGUUUUAAAAUCAGCAUCACCAAACAGGAUGAUGGAGGAGCUCCCAUUUUGGAAUACAUUGUGAAAUACAGAAGUAAAGAUAAAGAAGAUCAGUGGCUAGAGAAAAAAGUGCAGGGAAAUAAAGACCACAUUAUUUUGGAGCAUCUACAGUGGACAAUGGGCUAUGAAGUUCAAAUCACAGCUGCCAAUAGACUAGGAUAUUCUGAACCAACAGUUUACGAGUUCAGCAUGCCACCAAAGCCCAACAUUAUUAAAGACACACUUUUUAAUGGUCUUGGGCUUGGAGCAGUCAUUGGCCUGGGAGUUGCAGCCCUUUUGCUAAUCCUUGUGGUAACAGAUGUCAGCUGCUUCUUUAUUCGACAAUGUGGGUUAUUGAUGUGCAUCACCAGGAGAAUUUGUGGGAAGAAGAGUGGUUCCAGUGGAAAAAGUAAAGAACUUGAAGAAGGAAAAGCUGCAUACCUGAAAGAUGGAUCAAAAGAACCAAUAGUAGAGAUGAGAACAGAGGAUGAAAGAAUUACUAAUCAUGAAGAUGGAAGCCCAGUAAAUGAGCCAAAUGAAACUACACCACUAACAGAACCUGAAAAAUUGCCUUUAAAAGAAGAAAAUGGGAAAGAAGUCCUAAAUCCAGACACUAUAGAAAUUAAAGUUUCUAAUGACAUCAUCCAAUCAAAAGAAGAUGAUGGCAAAGCAUAACAAUAUCGCAGUGGCUUGAUCAACACUACAAACACCAUCUGGAUUGCAGUGACCCUAUGACCAAAAUUAUUCCACUGACCUUAAUUUGUUGGGAAACUUUUAGCUUGGAAUAGCUUGUACACAUAUACAUAUGAUCAAAUAUUUCCUGCCCAUAAUCCAUUUUCUUUUGUUGUCGUUGUUGUGGUUGUUCAUUUCUUAGGAAUUUCAGUAUAGAGACUUGACUGGCACCAGGUCUUGUGUAAUGAUUCAAUUCAAUGAUUGAAGUGCUUCAAUUUAUUAUAUGGCUAGAGUGCUCUGUUUCUUAAGAACUUUGUCUCACAUACCACCAAGAAAUAUAUUUCAAACUCUCUAACACGAGGGUAUAAUGAAAAGACAAAACAAAAACAAAACAAAACAACAACAAAACAGCUUUGUGAGCUGAAUGUGUAAGAGAGCCCUGCAUGUUUAUGAAUCCUAAUUUGAGCAAUAGGUUAGUCAAGUGGCUUUCAUUUAGAAUGAAGGCAGGUAAUAAAGAUUAUACUUUUUAUUAGGAGAAUUUCAGGGAACCCAGGCUUAAAGAAGCCAAUUAUCUUUUGCAGGUAUUAAAAGUUGAGGAAUCUUUGGAGAACUCUUUUCAGUCCAAUUUCAACAUUGAUUUUUUUUGAUAGACUGAAGUACCACAUCAAAAUUGUUACCCAUGUGAAAAAAAUAUUGGUUAUGUAUAAAAUUAGAUUAGAAAGACACCCUAAAUCUCUGUCUCUUUAUAUAUGCCAUAUCAUUCAUAAUGGAAUAUUCAAAAAAUAAAUGUAUUGCUAGUGAAAAUUAUACUGACUUCUGCCCUCAGCUUCAAAUAAAGUAAAUUGAAAUGGGAACAAUAUUAUUUUGUUAUUGUGAUAUAUUUAUAAAUACAUAAUUUUCUUUUAUUUUUAAAUAUUUUACCACAAACCAAGUAUUUAGUGUUCAAAUGUUUCAGAUAAUAUCCUCAGAUACAUUUUUAGUGCACAGAUUUAGAUAAAACUUUUAGAAUCAUUUUUUAAAAUUUUAUAAUUUCUUCAUUAAGUGAAACUGGCUAGUGGAAAUUAGAAAUCUGAGUUUAGUUAAAUUAAGGGGAAGUUAAUUAACAUUUAAAUGUGCCAUUGAAUAUCGAUUAUAAACAGUCAAAUUGCCACUAUGUGUUUUUAUUGUAAUUGUUGUAGCUGGAAAUCAUUUUAAGAUUUUUGAUAAACAACUUUGGUUGAAGAAAUUCCUUAACUAUUCAACACAGACUUUCUAAUAUCACUUGUUAGGGUCUAUGCUUAUUAACUUCCAAGCUAUGCAAACUCCCAGAGGUAAAACAUUAAAAUAUGAUUUAACUCAUAUAUAAGGAAAAUGUAUUCAUGACUAAAUAAUACACAUCCAUUGAGAGCAAGUUUUAGACUAUGUCUUAACUUAGCCAAAGGUGUUUGGGGCCCCACCAUAUUAAUAACCUUUGGUGUUUCAGGUAUUCACUGAAUAGCUCAAAUAUUGAUGUUUGAGAAUACACUCCUAUAGAACAUUGGAGAAAUUAAUAGUUUAGAGGGACCUGCUUUGAAAGUGUUUCAUCAUAAUUUUCUGAGUACAAGGUUAAUGCCACCCUUGAAUAUUUUUAUUUACCAAGUACUUGAAAUUGUCAACCAAGGAGAGACAAGUAAGUAAUUUUAUGCUAUCCACUUUGCUGGCCAUCAAGAGGACAGAAUAUGCUCAUCUGCGUGUUAAGACACCAAAAUUCCACAGUGUCAUCGCCAUAUAUUUCGGGGUGGUAACGUAGGAAUCUCUCCAUUUUACCUUUCUGGCAUAUUCUGAAGAACAAAAUUCUUGUGCCUAUCUCGAAAUUUGAAUAGUGUCUGAACAAACAAACCAGUUAGGUCCUUUUCACUAACUUGAUUAUCCACUUGAUUUCUCACAGACUUGACUGUAUUGAGUUUAUGUCUGUCUAAUCAUCUGUUUUGCUGUAUUUUUUGUGCUUUAUUUUGUUUGUUAUCAGUGUGCUAAAACUAGUCAAAAUACUUGAAUUAGUUUGUACAAGUGAACGAGUUAGUAAAGUGUCUAUGAAGCAGUGAUCAUGAGGGCUGAUUUUUCCUGGAUAGGGCCAGAUGGAGUUGAACUAGUGAUACUGAAAGAGUUCAGAUGACUAAAAAAACCAAUUUCGCAUGUUUACUGUUGUUAUAUUUGUGCUACACUGCAAAAAUAGAGAAAUCAUAAUAAAGAGAAGUUAUUUUUGUGUUUUCUCAAUUUGAAUGUUGUUUUCAUAUUCAUUGGAAUUUCUAUGUAAAGUAAUGGAUGGAGAUAUUUCUUUAUAUAUAUAUAUAUAUAGUUAAAUUUCUUGCCACUCAUAUGGAAUAAUUAUCUGAAAUCAAUAGAUAAUUUGGAAAUAAUUGUAAACAGACUGUUUCAAGUGUAUUGUUUCAGUUCUUUGAGCGAUCCUUACCUCUUGUCCUUGAAAUGUAUGCCAUGCAGGAGCAAGGCAUUACUGUGAUAAAUCUCUUUUAUUUUAACAUUUCAAUGGAAUGCUCCAGAUUACACUAUUUGUAAAAAUUUCCAAGUAAGAAAUGGCUUGUAGUAAAUUGAAAAAUAUGAGUAGAACUGAAGUAACUUGUUUCUUAUUUUUCUGUUCUAGACUAAAUACAUCAAUAUAACUGUGUAUAUGUUUUUACUGUCUGAGAGUACUCUUAACUGUUAGUAUAAAAUGUCAAAAGUUCACUGAAUGUAAGCACUGUUAAGAUAAUCUGAACCCUAUGCUAUUUUAAACUGAGAGGCAAAGAUUCCACAGAAAACAUGGCUAUUACUUAUUAGAGUGUGUGCAAUUAAAUAAUGACAAUCUACAUUUAAAACCUAUAAUCUGGAAAUAAUAUCAGAAUUUUAAUACAUACUUAUUUCAAAAACUGGCACAAAUUAAAUGUCAACAUAUUUUACAGUGAUUUGCAAAGGAAUUUAAUUAAAAAUUAUGAUUUCUACAGAUUUAUUUAUUAUUUUGUGGAGUAAUAUAUAGUCAAUCAAUUAAUAUUAAUAUCUAAUACCAAUAUAAUGUUCUUCAAGUUUUGCUUUAUUUUUAGUAUUAAUACCUAUAAAAACAUUUUCAAAAGCUAUUUGAUCCAGUAAACUUCUGAUGAAUUUUAGUCUGUGAAUUAACCAUUUAUAUAAUGUAAAGAUAUUAUGAAUCAAAUUAUUUAUUUCAGUGCCAAAAAUUAAUUAUAAGUUUUUAAUCAUAUGUUAAUUUUAUGAUUUUUAUUUGAAACAAUUAAGAUGUAUUUGUGCCUUUGAAUUAUUAUGACAUUCUGCUUCACUAAAAGAAAUAUUACUGCCAUUAUUAAUAACAUAAUUUUGCUCAUACCUGUGAUACUCCAGUGAUACUGUCUUGUUUACAUUCAGUGAGUACGCUUAAUCAAACCACUUUAACUUGAAUAUAAAAUCCAAAUGUAAUAAAUUAUCCUAUGUAAUUUAUUUUCAUUUAUAACAAUAUUAUUCUUUUCAUAUAUACCUGAAAUAUUUUUAAUUUGUUCUGUAUUAUUUUCUAGACAAUAAAUAAAUUCUAAAUAUUGUUGAAACUGAGUUGUUAGACAGUUGUAAAAAAAAGACAGCAAAUAAUUUUUUUAAAAUAUAUGGUAAAUUCAGUGAUGUCACUUCAUUAUUACUGUUAGAUACUUUUGAUUUGAUAUUGGAAAGUGAGAAGAACAUGUUAAAAUAGAUUUGGGAUCUAAGUCAUCCUUGUGAUAAUAGGUUAAUCACUGAUGAAAAUAUCUAUGACUGAAGUGGUAGAAAAAAUAUUCAUUUCAUAAUUUAAGAAUAUUGGCAUAGAAUAUUAUAAUUAUUUAUGAAACUAUCCAUGCUCUUUUUCAUGGAGAAUGAAGUAAAUGCUCUAUUUGAAAUCCUCAUGGAGUCCUUUUUCAUAGUCAUAUACAGAGUGUUUUACUCAACAAACUUUGUGAGAAGAUGAAAACACUUUUUAAAUAAAAUUGUUAACAUUACUUAUCUCUAGAGAGAAAAGAUUUACAUCUUCUUAUUAACCAUUUGGAGCAUUCUUACAUAGUCUCACAAAUUGAAACUGCAUAUGGGUAUAUUGACAUAUGCUAAAA